CGUGUGACACAACGGUGUUCAUGCUGUGAGCACUACAAUGAAUGGUCCAGUCAGCCCAUGGUGAACAGCAUCCCAGCAGGAAACCUCCAGCUCUGUGCUGCUGUCCUUUUCACAGGCUCAUCAUUUAGCCAGAUUUCUAAGUUCCUGGGUGCCUUCAAUGUGCAGGGACUGUCCAAGCAGUCAUUCUGUCGGCAUCAGGCAAAGCUCUUAAUUCCAACAGUGAGCUGGCAGUGGCAGCUAGAGCAAGCUGAUAUCAUCCAGGAGGCUACUGAAUCUGGACCUGUGACUCUUGGUGGUGACAUGCGAGCUGAUUCACCUGGACACUCAGCCAAAUAUGGCAGCUACACCAUGAUGGAUCUCAAAAGAAACAAAGUUAUUGAUAUCCAACUUGUACAGAGCAAUGAAGUUGGGAAUAGUGUGCGAAUGGAGAAGGAGGGAUUUGUGAGAAGUCUGAGCACACUUUUGGAGAGGGGGGUCGAUGUGCAGCAAGUCGUGACUGACCGCCACACAGGAGUGCAGAAGUAUUUGCGGGAGGAAAAAAAGGAAAUCAGUCACUACUUUGACCCCUGGCACAUGGGAAAAGGAAUUGGUAAGAAAAUCGAAGAGCUGGGGAAGAGAAAGACGACCCAGGAUGUGAGACUGUGGAAGCAAAGUGUGGUGAACCACCUCUACUGGUCAGCAUCCAGUUCCUCCUCAGGACAGGAGGCAGUUGCAAAGUGGACUUCAGUUGCCAACCACAUCCAAAAUGUGCACAGCCAUGACAACGCCCUGUUCCCUAGCUGUCUGCAUGCACCUCUGGAUGGAGAACAGGCAAGACAGUGGCUCAAACCAAGCACAGCAUCAUGUGAGAAGCUCACUGCCAUUCUGUUAGCUCCACGGUUUGUGAAGGACGUAGAGAAGAUAAGCCCUCAGUACCACACAUCCACCUUGGAGGCUUUCCACAGUCUCAUCAUCAGAUUUACUCCAAAAAGUCAAGUCUUCUCCUUCAAAGGAAUGCUGUCUAGAUUACAAAUUGCUGCAAUGCACUAUAAUGAAAAUGCAGCACGCUCACAUGCAGCAACAGCAACUGGUGAGCUGAGAUAUGCUGUAGUGUACCCAAAGUACAAACGUGGAGACUACACAGUGAGAGCCCUGAAGACCAAUCCAACCUCAUUAUAUGUGCACAAGCUUAUGGACCUGCUGUUCGACUCUGUGGUGGUGGAUCCUCUCCCAUAUCAGGAGUACUCGGACAAAAUUACGGUUCCAGAACCGCUCUGUGCCCAGUUCCAAAGACCAGAUAAACGGGAUGCUGUGAGCAGGCACAGGUCCAGGUUUUAAAGUGCACGUCAGGUGAGCUACACAGGAGAUUGUAAUUAUUAGUUAGUACUCUACUCUGUGUGGUUUCUCCUUUUCUCCUCCUCAGCCAGGCUGCACACCACUGUACGACAGAGGAGUUACCUGUCGUCAUUAUAGAUCUUUAUGCUCAUCCACUCGUGACUCAUGCUGUCCACCUCCCAGAUGUCUAUUGAUCUCUACAACCUUUCUGCUCUGUGGCUCCCAUACAACUUGAAAAUCUUGGCCGUAUGUAACAUAGCAAAACUCACCAGUCUUGCUUUUGUAAGUCAUACUAGUCAUACUAAUAUUACUUUUUCCUUAGAGCCUCCUGAUCUUGUAACAGAAAAACCUGUGCUCCCGGGAUCCAUCUCCACGUUUGUCAUCACAGUGAAAGCUACCUCCAGUCUAAGGAACCUAUGAAACAUCACUGUUGGCCCAACCUCUCCUCACAUGGCUCCAGAAUCUCUGCUUGUGGUUUAGAGUUUUGUCAAAAAUCUUGAAAGUUAUGAUCAGAUUGUUAUCUAACAUUGUCUUAGUAGUAGCUAUAAUAAAUGUUAUCUUUAAAGCGCAAUUGUGUCUUUUUAAAUACAAUUAUAUUGAUAUUUUGAUGUGUAUAAAUACAUAUAUCACAUUUAUUAUCAUUCAUUUUUACCUAAUUGAACCUGCUCUAGAAUAGACUUCAUUAAUCACACAGGGUGUAAACUCACUUGUUACAGCAGCAUUAAUUAACCCCGAAU